CUACACUCAAUCUAUGACGUGACUCACCAUAUCAAUGCAGUGGGUGCAGUGAAAUGACGUGUCGCCAGUACAAAUACAAUAUAAUGUGUUCAUUUUUCUACCGUUGCUGCUUCAUGUAAAUCAGUACCUCCAUCUGACUUGAAAGACCAAGAAUAAAUAGAAGCAAUUUCCGGGUGCAGAUGAUCUAGAUUUGCAAGAAAAAGGCUGAGGUUUACAUAAACAAGAGGCGACAUCUAGAAGGAACGGCAGCAUCAGAGGCCAUCUUUUCCUCUCAUGAGCAGAGCGUGAUCCUUACUCUUUCGGCCGUUGGAUAGAUGAUUUAAACAAGAAGGAACUAUCUUCUAACAUUCAGAGGUCCCAGUCCCGUUUCACUCAUACCAAAGUUCCCAACUCCCAUCAUCACCAUGAAGUUAUUCAGUAUCAUGGUACUCUAUAAAGGUGCCACGAAAGUGACCAUACUGAAGUCAGCAAGCGAUUUGUCUUCUUUCGGUUACUUCCAGAGAUCAAGUGUUCAGGAAUUUAUGAACUUCACAAGCAAAAUUGUUGUAGAAAGAACACAACAGAAAUUGCGGUCGUCUGUAAAAGAAAAAGAUUACAUUUUCCAUGUCAUGUGUAGAGAGAGCAACCUGGCAGGAGUGAUCAUCUCAGAUUCAGAUUAUCCACCACGCGUCUCAUUCACACUGUUGAAUAAGGUACUAGAGGAGUUUUCAAAUGCUGUGUCACCAUCAACUUGGCCGACACUCUCAGAAAAUUCUGCAGGUUAUCAAGGACUUGAACCAUAUCUAGUAAAAUAUCAGAAUCCAUCAGAAUCAGAUCCAAUGAUGAGGAUUCAAAAGGACCUUGAUGAAACCAAAUUUAUAAUGCACGAUACGAUAGAAUCGAUGUUAAACCGAGGAGAGAAGCUAGAUGAUCUUGUAGCAAAGUCAGAUGACCUGAGCGCCCAAUCAAAAACAUUCUACAAGACAGCACGGAAAACAAACUCCUGCUGUGUUUUACAGUAAAGAAUACAUCUCUGUCAUCUGCACCUUGUAAGCACUCAUCGUAAUGGAUUUUGGACUUAUUCAGCCAUGUAGUAACAAGCAUGACUUGUAUCCCAAUCAUUGGGGUGUAAAUGUGACGGCAGAAAUUAUGAAUGGACAGCAAAAUGAAACUGUUGAUGAUGAUGAUCUCGAGGCGGAGCGCCUGAUGAGAGAAUCGGAUGAUAGUAAUGAAAAUGCAUUCUUACCUGACUUUUGAGAAAGCAAGUAUAUGCUUUUACAGUGUAGAUAACCAGCCAGUGGACCUACAGCUUUAACGUCCCAUCUGAGGGACUUGUGAGACUAGGAUUAAUGUCCUACCAAAUGGCAGCAGUAGCACAUCGACCCUCGACCUCCCGGUAUGAACACCACUGCUCAAGCACCGAGGUUUAACACCUCUUUCAAAAAUCUUGUAAAAUGAAGAAUACCUUGUAAGCAACGGGAGGAACAUUGUUUUCCUCUGGCCAGGAUGUACACUAUGGAAUUUGAGACUGUGCUCACACAUGAAUGGUCAUCAUAAUUCUAAUCCUGUUUGCUGUCCAUACGGGGUGGGCUAUCUGUGUGAUAUAGCUUUGCUAUCCAAAAUGGAGUCAUAUUAUUGUUAUCUUUAUUAUCUCUCUCACAUGGUGCACCCACAAGCCUACUGUAUAUCUUUAUUAUUGUUGCAAAUUCAUGCAUGAAUGUGGAGAAAAUUUACCAUUGCUGUGGAUAUCAGUGUUUGUAAUGCAAUUAAUGAUAACUCCUGGAAUAGGCUAUGUGAAGUAAAUUUCAUGUGUUAAUGCAAUGAGAAUGUGUUGGACCUUGAGAAAAGGGUUUUAUCACAGUGGUUCACUUUUUAUUGUGUCAGGGAACAUUAAACCAUCAGAGCCAGAAAGGCAUUCCUCUUUUUAUUGUAAAGUUAUGAAGUUAAUACUCAUCUUUCUCUCGGCAAGCGAUGUGUUAGGAAGCGAUGGCCAGCGGUCGGAUUGUUUAUUUUGUCUGUUUGGAGUCAGAAUGGCGUUAACCCUUUAUGAAAUGAGGAGUUAAUGCCUUUCUGGCUCCAAAGUAACAGACAUAUUGAUAACAGUAUGGGGCUAUUGAAGGGCUGCAGCAUACAGCUUUGCAUUGAUAUAAUUUCAGAAUGUCAAUCAUGAAAGGGAAAUAAGAAUUGAAAUAGGCAAAUGUAAGGUUUUCAUGAUUGCAUAAGGGCCCCAUAUAAAUUAUGUGAUAUCAACCGGAAAGUUGCAAUUUUUCGUUUAGAGUUGUGAUUAAUAUCAAACUAAAGUUGAGUAGCGAUGUAUUAGGAUUAAUGACCAUGUCCAAAGCAAUACACUAUGAUGUUGAAUGUCCAAUUUGCUGAAGAUCUAGGCAUCAUAUCACGAAACCGUUGUAAGUACAAGUUCACCGACAUCCCACUUGUACUUAAGAUGGUUUCGUGAAACCUGCCCUGGGUUACUAUUAUGAAGCUGAUAUCACUUUGUGUGACCUGAAAUGCCUCAUUCAUUGUGUAGGUUACAUGUAUCUGAUAGUAUUCGGAUUUGUUGCAACCGUACAAGAUAAUAAAAUACAGCAGCUUGAUGCUAAAUUAGGUAUGUGGCUAAUGGCUAGUUAGAAUCAUUAUCACCAUAACAGUUGUUAUAAUCUUGAAUUUACACUGUUGGUACACUAAGUUUGUAUGAUGUUUUACAGCUAUGAGCUAUCACAGGUGUUCGGGUACCGGUACUUGGUUUACACAGUUUUGUAUACCUGUAGUUUCAUAGCAGUUCAGUGUUAAAUCAUUUUUUAUCUCUGUUAUAUGAAAAUGGUAGAUUGUGUUAUGCUCCUCCUUUUACCGAUUAUAUUCUUUGCAUUAAGAAAAUUGGAAUUCCCUAUGUAGGAUUAAAACUUAUUUUGAAGAGUAAAGUUCUUCUGCAGUGAAAAGUUUGACCUAACAUGUCUACUUGUCAGACAGAAACAUACUCAGAAUUCAGACAGAUAUUUAGAGUUUAAAGUUUACCAAUCACCUAAAAAAUAUAAUUUGUGUUCAAGUAGAAUGUAUGAAAUCAACCCCAAAAAACAUUGCCUGGCAUUAGACGUAUAAGGAGUUACAAGAACAUAAAGAGUAACAUAAAUCCCUGCGUAUAGGUCUUGCACAGAACCCAAGUCAGACUUCAGUUAUGGGCGGCCCCCUAUCCUAUGCGAGUGCGUACAUGUGCAUUAACUAGUUUAAUCAACAAGACAUUUAGAGUGUAUUUAAACUGCAAUAUCUUUUUAUAGAAGUAAUAUUUGAAGCUUAUAUUUUGAAUACAAUAUGGAACUCCUAACAUCAAGAUCAUAAUAUAUUUGGAGAUAGCUACACUUCAAAAUGAAUAAGAACAUCUAACUGUACCCAGUACCUUCGAUCUUUUGUGGAUGUACUUUAAAUCACAAAUUUGAUUCCCCUUCAUCAUUUUGUUUAUACAUGUACUUGUAAGAAAAUAAAUAUAUGUACAGUAUAAAAGAAAGUUGUACAAAUAUAUAUUGCUUAUGCUUCAUCACCCAUCUAUUUUCAUUUGAUAUUUAAUGUAUUUUUGUAUAUUUACUCCUCUUUCUAUGUUUUUUUUUUUUAAUUGGGAACUUAUCAUUUACUUGAAACAUCCUUCAAUUUUGAAAGAGAAAUGGUAUUUUUCACUCACCACCCUUUGAUGCUCAUACUCCUUUUCAUUCCAUGUAAAUAUGGCAUGUGAUGAAUUUGUUUUGUUUUCAAUAGAGAAAAAAAUGGUCCAGUCUACUAAAACGUUCACAAAUUCUUCUGCAUUAGAACUUGCCGUUGAUAUCCUUGCUUGUGAAAUGCUUGCCUGACAUUGCAUCAAAAUGUGCAUGCAAGCUAAAUUCCAUUUACACAGGUGCUCUCACAUAAAACUGGGGUUCUAGUAAAUAUGAUCCAUUUAAUCAAACCAUUUGAGGAUUAUGUUAAUUCAUAUUAGUAUUUUGUUCAUUGCUGAUGAAAAAGGAACUUGAUGUUUUUCCAUAUGGCACGCCAUGUUCACAUUUCAUUGUGUAGCACAGCAAAUUGGAACACAUUCAAAGGUAUUUAUCUCAUAAAUUUGGAAUUAAGGAGCACAUUCUAGACUUUGAAAUAAUUGAAAGAAGAGAUGCACAAAUUGGAGGAAAAUUCAUCUAUUACUUUUGUAAACAUAGAUUUAUCUUUGCUAUGUCUUAACAUUUUAAUCUGUAACAAAUCCUACAUUGAUGUAGAAUGGAAUUCUUUUCUGGUGCUUUCAUGUCUUCCCCCAAACAGCAUGAAUAACAUGUACAGGUAGACUGAAAUUAUCCCCUAAUUAGAGCUCAACGGAACAGUGGAAUCCUAUUUUUUGGGAUUCUGUCAAUCUCUUGAAGGAGAAACACACUUCCUGUACUGUCCUUUGUAUUUGUAUGCUUGCUUGCUUCAACCAGACAUGUAUGUGGGCAGUGCAGUUAUGGUGAUCUGACGUUUGCUCUGGGCUUUAUUUCAUAAGAAGUAUAGGGUUAGGGUUGCAACAGGGUUUUAUAUUAGGUUUAGGGUUGGGAUCGGUAUAGGGUUAGGGUAAGCUGUAGCACUGGGUCAAGGGUUGAAGUAAAGACUUCAUUUAGUGUAGCAAGGUACUGAAGGGCAGUUGCUGCUGGAGCAUAUGUCGUAUAACCACCCUUUUAUUGUUCUAUGGAAUAUUCUGUGCUCUUUUAUUAUCUACAUGUAUUGAUUAAACAUGAGCAAGGAAUAAUGAGUCAA